GAGUCAGCGCGCGCUCCGCCCGCCGCGCUCCGGGCUCGGAGCUCCGCACCCUGGGCUCGCCGCCUCCCGCGCCCCGCACCCUGCGCCCCGGCGGGCGCAGCGCACCAUGCCGCAGCUGGACUCGGGCGGGGGCGGUGCGGGUGCAGGCGACGACCUCGGCGCGCCCGACGAGCUUCUGGCCUUCCAAGACGAAGGCGAGGAACAGGACGACAAGAGCCGCGACAGCGCCGCGGGCCCCGAGAGGGACCUGGCGGAGCUCAAGUCCUCACUGGUGAAUGAGUCCGAGGGCGCGGCCGCAGGCGCCGGGGGCGCGGGUCCCGGCGUCCGGGUGCAUGGAGAGGCCGAGGGAGCGCCCGAGGCCCUGGGACGAGAGCACACUUCGCAGAGACUUUUCCCGGACAAACUUCCAGAGUCCCUAGAGGACGGCCUGAAGGCCCCGGAGUGUGCCAGCGGCAUGUACAAAGAGACUGUCUACUCUGCCUUCAAUCUGCUCAUGCACUACCCAUCGGCCUCCGGAGCAGGGCAGCACCCCCAGUCUCAACCCCCGCUGCAUAACAAGGCUGGCCAGCCCCCACAUGGCGUCCCCCAACUUUCUCCACUCUACGAACAUUUCAGCAGUCCACACCCCACCCCUGCACCUGCGGACAUCAGCCAGAAGCAAGGAGUUCACAGGCCACUGCAGACCACUGAUCUCUCGGGAUUUUACUCUCUGACCUCAGGCAGCAUGGGACAGCUCCCGCACACUGUGAGCUGGCCCAGCCCUCCUCUCUACCCUCUGUCCCCUUCCUGCGGAUAUAGACAGCACUUCCCUGCCCCCACUGCAGCCCCUGGCGCCCCCUAUCCCAGGUUCACCCACCCAUCCUUGAUGCUGGGAUCUGGUGUACCUGGACACCCAGCAGCCAUCCCUCACCCGGCCAUUGUACCCUCCUCAGGGAAGCAGGAGCUGCAGUCAUAUGACCGAAGCCCGAAAACACAGGCAGAACCCAAGACAGAGAAGGAGGCUAAGAAGCCAACUAUUAAAAAACCCCUCAAUGCCUUCAUGCUUUACAUGAAGGAGAUGAGAGCCAAGGUCAUUGCAGAGUGUACCCUCAAGGAAAGCGCUGCCAUCAACCAGAUCCUGGGGCGCAGGUGGCAUGCACUAUCUCGAGAAGAACAGGCCAAGUACUAUGAACUGGCCCGCAAGGAAAGGCAGCUGCACAUGCAGCUGUACCCAGGCUGGUCAGCGCGGGAUAACUACGGAAAGAAGAAGAGGAGGUCAAGGGAAAAGCAUCAAGAAUCCACCACAGACCCUGGCUCGCCUAAGAAAUGUCGUGCUCGCUUUGGCCUCAACCAGCAGACGGAUUGGUGUGGUCCGUGCAGGAGGAAAAAGAAAUGCAUUCGGUACUUACCCGGAGAAGGCCGCUGCCCCAGCCCCGUUCCUUCCGAUGACAGUGCUCUAGGCUGUCCCCGGUCCCCAGCUCCCCAGGACUCACCCUCAUAUCUUCUGCUGCCCCACUUCCCCACAGAACUGCUUGCUAGCCCCGUGGAGCCAGCACCGACAUUCUCAGGUCGCUCUGUAGCUCUUACUCUUCCAGCCCCUGUGUCCCCAAAGACCCUCCACAGCACCUUCCAGAAUACACAAGUACAGCAACAGGAAUCUCAGAGACAGGCAGCCUAGCAUGCACAGGACACCUGGCUUGCUUCAGGGGCCCAGACCUAACUCAAGAGGAGACAACAAGACCAGAUCACAUGGAACCAGCUAAGGGUCUUUAAGGUGCUGAAGAUUCCAAAGGCUGCUACUAUUCCCUGAACUGGAGGCCAUCCAUUGAAGUGGUGGGGAUCAGAUCUGUGUGGCCUAUAUGUCUCAGUAAGGGCAUCCUGGUUCCUACGGCAGCCACUUCUUGCUAGUGGAUGCCCCUACUGUCUUUUGGUUUUUGUUUUUUUGUUGUUGUUGCAGGUCAGAUGGGCUGGAUUGAGUUCCAGCUGCCUUCUCUACAAAGCUUCUCUUGCCCUCUACCACGCCUUCCUCAUGCCAAUACUUCUUGGACCAACAAUAUCUGGUUUAUCACACAAGAUGACUUUGUGGUUGGUGACCAAUCACAAAAGUCUAAUAACGCUUCUCUCUUGAGCUGAGAAGUUCUGUUUACAAACAACAGCUGCUGUUCCUAAGCUGGGCCAGAGGAUGCUUCUAUGUUCUCAGGAGCUUGCAGGAGGAAAUAGGAUAGAUAAAGCUUAAGGCCCUUCCAACCUGGGCAACAAAAUAACACCGACCCUAGCUACUGGUGGACAGUACUCAGCUUUAAUUAGAAUGACUUGGAAAUCUUUCCUGAGAAACUCACCAGCCUUAGAAACGACAGUCAAUAAAAUGAAGUUGGCCUAAGUCCAGUGUGCGCCCUUCCCAGUUCCAUUUCCAGCUCAUCUAUGUCAGCGGAGUCAUAGCUCCUGGGCAGCUGUGAGAGGGCAAACCCCCCAGCCCCUGGAGCCCAUAUUUAAGCAUUUGGAACUGGCCAGCUUCAGUUUCUCUAUAGGGCUGCAGGAAGGAAUAUAUCUGUUACAACUAAAGCAAGGAGUCCAUAAACCUCUUGUGGGCAUGGUUCUUUGCCACAUUCUAGAAACCCUUUUUGAGCCAAACUUAACCUUGAGCCUUGAAAAACAAGUUUUUUUUGUUUUACUUUUUUUUCUUUACUGUAUAUAGCCUGAAUCCAAAGAAAAGGGUUUAUCCAUGUAUUCUGUACACUUAAAAAAAAAAGCCUUUUGUUUCUAUUUUAGCCACUGGUUUCUCAAUCCAAAGAUCAUGUUUCUAGUGUAGUGUUAUAGGCAUUGAAAAGACUGGCAGAGUGUGGUGGUGCACACCUAAAAUCCCAGUAUUUGGGAAGUAAAAGAGGUGGGUCUCUUUGAGUUCCAGCACAGCCAGAGUUCUAUGGAGAGACUUUGUCUCAAAAAGGAAACAAACUGAUGUAGUAGCCAAAAUAUUUUUGUAUUAAUGCAUUAUCAUAGAAGGACUUUUUUAAACAAGAGAAUAAAGAUACUUUUUACUGGGUUUUUUUUCCAAA